AUGGAGUACGACUACAGCAAGCUCGCCGCAGAGGAUAUCUAUGGGUCGGCGGACGGCAAGCGUGGUCCUUUGGUUCCCCCUCGUGAGGGAUGGCCCUGGGAGCGCGACGGUGCUGCCUCGCGCGAUGAUGAUGAUGACGAUGACCUUCCCGGCCCGCCCGGCGGCGGUAUGCCGUUCCAGGGCCAUCCGGCCAUGGGCGGCAUGCCUGGUAUGUCGCCGUUCGGCGGUCCCCUUGGCAUGUCGCCCUUCGGUGGUGGUGGCGGCGGCAUGUCCCCCAUGGAGAUGCCCUCGCCCUUCGACGGUGGUGGUGGCGGAGGUGGCAUGGGCGGGCCUCCGUUCGGUGCGAUGGGUGGGUCUCCCUUCGGCGGCAUGGGUGGUGGGCCUCCUGGAAUGUCUCCGUUCGGUGGUGCUCCCUCCUUUGGGGGUGGUGGCCCGCCUGGUGGGAUGCCUGGGAUUGCCUCGCCCUUCGGUGGUGGUGGGGGGCCUCCCAUGGGCUCUCCGUUUGGUGGUGGGAUGCCGGGCGGGUUUGGCGGUGCUCCUGGCGGUCCUCCUGACCAUAUGAUGGGAGGCGGAGGUCCGAUGGCGGGGCUCGGUGGUAUGGGUGGCCCUGGUAUGCCUGGAGGUAUGCUGGGGAUGCCCGGGAUGGGUGGUGGUAUGCCGGGAAUGGGAGGUGGUAUGCCUGGCAUGAAUGGUGGCAUGCCCGGUGGAAUGCCUGGGAUGCCUGGGAUGCCUGAUGGAAUGCCGGGAGGUAUGCCUGGUGGACUCGGCGCAAUGGCUGGCCUCAUGGGAGGAAUGGGCAUGCCUCCUCCUCCUCCCCAGCAGCCCAUGUUCAUGCAGAUCCCCGUUCCCUUCCCCGUGGCUAUGCCCACCAUCGAGAGCCUCCCCGAAGACCAGAGGAUUGCUGCCUAUCACCAGGGCGGACACGACACUUGGGGCCCUCGCAUCUCAUUCCAGAAGAAGCUCACCGAGGAUCAAAUGGCCGCCAUUGUCAAGAAGGUUAAGCCUGCCCUCAAGAGUGAACAUGUUCUUGCCGUGGCCCACAACAGCAGGGAGUUCGAAGGCAAGUCCGUCCUCGACAUUUACUGUACGGCUGCCAAGGGUAAGGACUUUGAGUCUUGGAAGGCCAAGACCAAGCCCAAGCUCACCAGGAUGUUGGCUGUAAUGAUUCCCUUUGCACACACGGUGGCUUAUAACAACGGUGGCCUGUACAUUCUGAGCCCUUGA